AUGUUUAACAUCGAGAAUGUCAAGAACGGCGAGGUCGUGCAUCAGAUGAGCCUCCUCAUCAAAGGCUCCUCCCAGACUUUCGUUAUCGCCCACACAAAUGUCACUGUCUCUGUUAGCGCUGAAUCCGAGCGUAGUACAGGAGGAGGCCGCAAACAGGAAUGGCCUAUGUCUAGAGGCUGUUUCAAGGCCCUUGUGAUUCUGAAUCCCGGCAAGAACGAUAUCAUCGUGAGCAAUCUUGCCGUGGGCUUAACGACGGUAGGCAACAGAAUGUCCCGCCUGGUCAAAGGCCAAAGCGCCUGGGAUGAUAAUGAAACUGACAAGUCACAGAUCUCUGUCAAUUACCUGCCUCUCACGCAGACGCCUCCCCUCCAUCUCGCCAUACUUGUCGCCAGCGAUUCGCCUGAGAGGAUGGACUGCCCGCCGUGUAAAGCGGGAGGCAUCGCAGAUCAUGCAACCUUGGAGGCUGCUGUCAAAAAGCUACGCAUGACGGCAGCUAUGUGUCAGGCGUUGCUAGCCGAGCAGAUGCAUGCUGCGGGCCUUGGGCGUCGCUCGUUCCGUUUGGAAUUGGAAGACCGGAUAGACACUCUCAGGUUUGAGUCCAUGCUUGAUCAUCGUCGCUCGGCAUUGUAUCGGUCGACGAUCAAAGUCCACGUGCUUAGAACGGACAAGACAGUCGCUGAGAUACGCCGAGCAGAAGGUACACCGAACCACAAUGAGCUGCUUGAGAUAUUCACCAAGGCUCUGGAGACCGAAGACGGCUUGUUUGACCCCAAGGGCGUUGUUGCUGGCUUGAUUCUUGACACUAGCUACGACGCAGGUAUAGAUAUCACUUCGGGCCACACUUCAUUUGCGAAGCACGAUCCCAGCUCCAGGUCUGUUGGCGUGAUUGGCUCUCAACUCGUGUACACAUGGCCAAGAUUUUCUGAAGAGGUUGCGUAUUGCCUUAUGGAUAUCGUGGGGAAUGAUUUCAAUGUCCGAACAACCAAUUGGGCGUCAUGCGCCAUGAGCCAAGGAUCUUUUUUUGAGAAGAUUGGCCAUGCCUUUGGCAUCCCUCUCGAGGCCGCCUUCGUGAAACUAGGCCACUGGCAAGACUGGCCCAAACGAUUCCUUCCCGUAUCACCUACCAAGGGCGAGGGCUUACUAACCAUUGGUGAUGCCACUUUUCAUUGGGAAUGGUCUUUUGAGGACCAGCUCCGCCUCCUAGGCCAGCGUCACUUCGCACUCCCGCUGGACGAAGAGCUAGACUGCCGCGCACCGACGGUCCAUGUUCGAGGACGUGCCGGUCUUGAGCAAUUGGCCAUCCGGUGCAGGGAUGGUAUUGCUGCGGCGUAUAUCGACGGUCGUAUUUUACAUGAUAUAGAAUCGUCAAAACCGCUUCGGCAGCCUGUCCUCAGCAUCAUGACGCUGAAGCAUGAAUUUGAGCAGAAAGAGGCAGCGCGAUUGAAGGUGCUGUCCAUGAAUGGAAACCACGUGGAUCUCCCGGUAUGGAAAGUGGUGUCCUGCCAGCCGCCGGUGAAUAUUCCUGGAACGCGGAUGUAUCUUAGAAGGGUCAACGCCGGCCAUCCCUUGACAAAGAAUGACAGCCCUUGGGCGGCCAUGCUGAAAAAGCGAGAUGACCAAGGCCAGAUAGUGCGAGCGUACAAGAUUGAUAUACGAGUUGACUGCCGUUUCCGGGGUGUAGGCAUUUAUUACGAGGAUGGGAUCAAGGCCGAUUGCGGACAGCCCGGUGGCCGAGACGCUCCAUCUCAAAUGACUACCCUUCCAAAGAGGGGGAGAAUCUCCAAAGUCACGGUGGCGUACAGUGAGCCAACCCGCUUUGUUGGUAUGCAGAUACACCUUUCGAAUGGAGAGACCAUAGGUGCCUUGAACGAGAGCGCUUCAAAGGUCACACUAGCGAUGAAGCCGGGUGCGAACGAGGAGAUUGUCGGUUUCUAUGGGAUGAACGGACCGGAUGGGCAGUGCUGCCAGUUCGGCAUCCUGAAGGCGCCCAAGCGUUUCCCACUGCCCCCCUCUCUGUACGAGAAUCCUGAGCUGCAGGGUGGUUCGGGAUGUGAUUAUUACCCUGAUCACGACAGGCGAGGACGUGUACUUGAGGAGCAGCCAGGCGAUGUUGAUGAGGCCGAUGCUUCGGAGGAUGAGGAUGAGGAUGAGGAUGACGAGGCUGAGGCCGAGUAUUGCUGGGAUGAUGAGGAUGAUGAUGGCGAUGGCUAUUACUACGAGUAUGAUUACGAGUAUGAUUACGAUUACGAUUGCGAUUACGAAUAG